CCCUAUUUAUUGCAUAGUUUGAAGAACAGGCGAUUAUUGAUUCGUUCGUUCAUUUCAUUGUCGUUCAGACAACACAGAUCGAGAGGGAGAAAUUACUCAAUAGAUUUCUUAGCUUUCGGACACCCAAAUCCCUGUCUUAAUUGCAAAUAUGGGGGAUCAUUUUGUUCUUCUGGUGGAUCGGAUGCUAACGGAAUCGACUCUCGAGGCGGCAAUCGAGAGUCGGAUUUCAUCCAAGCAAGCUGCGCCGCCGGCAACAGCUGCUAUCGGCGUGGACAGCUUCUCGCAGUGUAAGGCCUCGGCAGGAGGUGUCGGGGAAGUUGUGGAAUGCCGGAUAUGUCAGGAUGAGGACGUGGAUUUGAAUAUGGAGGCUCCUUGCUCUUGCUCGGGUAGCUUGAAGUACGCUCACCGGAAAUGUAUACAGCGAUGGUGCAACGAGAAGGGAGACACGACGUGCGAAAUAUGCCAUACCCCAUUCAAGCCGGGAUACACGGCGCCGCCUCCAAUCUUCCGUCUCCGGAGACUUCCGGUGAACUUGAGGGGAAACUGGCGAAUCACGAGGACUGAUCCCGACAAUCCCCACAUUAUCGCGAUGGUUUCAACUGAUCGAACUCAAACUCUGUUAGAUCCAGAAUAUGACGAGUAUGCGGCUUCCACGCUACGAAGCAUCGUUUGCUGUCGCACCGUCGCCAUAAUCCUCAUGAUUCUGCUGAUCAUUCGACACACGCUCCCGGUCAUCGUGAGCCAACCGGGGGACUAUUCUUUCGCGCUACUCGUGCAGUUGCUGGCGCUUCGGAUCGCGGGAAUUGUGGUCCCGAUUUGCAUAUUGUUGAGAGGGGCGACUUCGGUCCUCGAGAAUCGAGGACGGCAAGAACAGUUGCAGUUGCAGUUGCAGGGUGACAUUGUUGAUGUAGCAGAUGAAGAAGAAACGGGCAGUGAGGCACAUGUUAUUACUAUACAGCAAUUGGAGUAGAUAUAUUUUAUCUAUGUUGUGUUGUGUUGUCUAUAACAAACAAAUCUUCUGCUUGUGCAUCUACCUUAAAAUUAUUAGACCUGUGCAAUGUAAGAAUCUUUUGCAUUCCCCAAAUUUCUUUUAUUU